AUGAUGCUUGCAGAAGCUCACAACGUGGUCCUGACUGGACCAAAGAACAAAGAUUGGAGAGAUGAGCAUUAUGCAUACAUUAUGAGAUGGAUAAAUCGUUUGACCUCCGCUCUGGUUGGUGAUCCCGUAGUGCACUAUCAAGCGUCUGAAGCGUAUAUGCAAUGGUAUAAUGAUGAAUAUGGGGCUCACAUGCGUUUAACUGGUUAUGUUCCACAACCACAGCCACAGCCACAGCCACAGCCACAACAAGAGGCACAACCACAGCCACAGCCACAACCUAUCAUGCACCCAUACCAGUACCCAUACACACAACCGUACAUUGAGCCUAGAGUCUCAUUCUUUAGUCAGUUAUUCCAUGACUCACAUUCAUUACAGAUGCCGCCAUAUCAAGCAUAUUAUCGACCCGCUAUGUCACAGCAGAGGGACACAACUGAGCAAUCUUCAAAUCAUCAGUUGUAUUGGUGGGUUCUUGAAACAGACACAUCGCAAUGGAUAAAUGAGUUGUUGGACCCUUAA